UGCCUUAGAAACUACCACACACGCAUUCACCACAAAACCCAGGUCACUUAAUGGCUAAGGAGAUUGGAUAAGGCAGGUCACCAACUGAUAUCAGUAUUUCUCUCUAUCAAAUAUAUGUAAAUAUUCUGGUCGCCAUCCAAACUCCUUAGUGGAGCAGACACAUAAAUACCCUCCUUGCGCGGCCACCUCGCUUAGCAUGUGCAAACAUGGUGCCAGGUCCGAAGGUCCUUCUGCUCCUCAGCCUGCAUCUCCUGCAGGAGACACAAAGCUCCAUGGUCCAUCUCAGUAACAAUGGGUACGAGGGAGUGGUCGUUGCAAUUAACCCCAGUGUACGAGAAGAUGAAAGACUCAUCCAAAGCAUAAAGGAAAUGAUAACCCAAGCCUCUAGUUACCUGUUUGAAGCCAGCAAAGGAAGAUUUUAUUUCAGGAAUGUAAGCAUUUUGGUCCCGAUGACCUGGAAGUCAAAAUCUGAGUACUCAAUGGCGAAACGAGAAUCAUAUGACAAAGCAGACGUCAUAGUUGCUGAUCCUUAUCUGAAAUAUGGAGAUGAGCCCUACACACUUCAUUAUAGACAAUGUGGAGACAGAGGACAGUACAUACAUUUCACUCCAAACUUCCUACUGACUGACAAUCUGCUUAUGUAUGGACCCCGAGGCAGAGUCUUUGUCCAUGAGUGGGCCCAUCUCCGGUGGGGAGUGUUUGAUGAAUAUAACACAGACCGGCCCUUCUACAUGUCCGGAAAGAACGCUCUCGAAGCAACAAGAUGCUCCACUGGUAUUACUGGCAAAAAUGUGGUCAAUGAAUGUCAGAGAGGCAGCUGCGUGACAAGAAAAUGCCGGCGAGACUCAAAGACAGGGCUCUAUGAACCCAAAUGUAAAUUUAUCCCAAACAAAUCUCAGACUGUUCCGGAAUCCAUAAUGUUCAUGCAAAAUCUCAGUUCUGUGGUUGAAUUUUGCACAGAAAAAACCCACAAUACGGAAGCCCCAAACCUCCAAAAUAAAAUGUGCAACCGCAGAAGCACGUGGGACGUAAUCGCGGAGUCUGCUGACUUCCGGAAUGCCUCUCCCGUGGGAGGAGGAGAAGCACCGCCUCCACCUACAUUUUCAUUGCUGAAGUCCAAACAGCGAGUGGUCUGCUUGGUGCUGGACAAAUCUGGAAGCAUGAACAAAGAUGACCGUCUUAUUCGGAUGAAUCAAGCAGCAGAACUUUAUUUGACUCAAAUUGUUGAAAAGAAAUCUCUGAUUGGAUUAGUCACAUUCGACCAACAGGCCAGAAUCCAAAAUUAUCUAACAAAAAUAACUAACAGUAAUGACUAUCCAAAGAUCACUGCAAAUCUCCCACAGCAAGCUUCGAAUGGAACUUCAAUUUGCAGUGGAAUUAAAGCAGGAUUUCAGGUAAUCACUUCCAGUAGCCAAAGUACUUCCGGUUCUGAGAUCAUAUUGCUGACAGAUGGGGAAGAUGAUAAAAUACAUUCCUGCUUUGAGGAGGUCAAACACAGUGGUGCCAUCAUCCACACCAUCGCUCUGGGGCCUUCUGCUGCCAAAGAACUGGAGACUCUGUCAACCAUGACGGGAGGACUGCGUUUUUAUGCCAACAAAGACCUAACUGCCCUGAUGGAUGCUUUCAGUGGGAUUUCAGCCGGCAGUGGCAGCACCUCUCAGCGGGCUCUGCAGUUGGAGAGCAAAGCCUUGACUAUUGCAAGGAAUGGACGGAUAAAUGGUACAGUGCUGGUGGACAGCACCGUUGGCAACGACACGUUCUUUGUUGUCACCUGGACAGCACAAAAGCCAGAAAUCGUUCUUCAAGAUCCGAAAGGGAAAACGUACAGAGCCUCAGAUUUCCAAGACGAUGAGCUGAAUAUGCGAUCUGCUCGACUCCAAAUACCAGGCAUCGCAGAAACAGGUACUUGGGCUUACAGCCUCUCAAAUAAGAAUGUCAUAUCUCAGUCGCUAACAGUGACAGUGACCACUCGAGCAAGAAGUCCUACCACGCCCCCAAUAAUCGCGACUGCUCACAUGAGUCAAGACACAGCGCGGUACCCUAGCCCGAUGAUUGUUUACGCCCGAGUCAGCCAAGGGUUCUUGCCUGUCCUGGGAGCCAGUGUCACCGCCGUUAUAGAAGCCGAAAAUGAACAUAAAGUCACACUGGAGCUGUGGGACAACGGGGCAGGUGCCGAUACUGUUCAAAAUGAUGGCAUCUACACGAGAUAUUUCACAGAUUAUCAUGGAAAUGGUAGAUACAGCUUGAAAGUGAAUGUCCGGGCAAGAAGAAAGACAGCCAGACUAAGUUUAAGCCAGCAGAGCAAGUCUUUAUACAUGCCUGGCUACAUCGACGACGGUAAAAUUAUAAUGAAUCCACCCAGACCUGAAAUCCAAGAAGCAGACGCUCCAGUGGACGACUUCAGCAGAGUAGCCUCUGGAGGGUCGUUUACCGUGUCUGGAGCGCCUCCUGGUGGCAGCCACGCUAAUGUGUUUCCACCCUGUAAAGUCACUGAUCUGGAGGCCGAGUUUGAAGGAGAUCACAUCCACCUUACCUGGACAGCCCCUGGCAAGGUCCUCGACAAAGGAAAAGCGCAAAGAUACAUCAUCAGAAUGAGUCAGCAUUCUCGGGAUCUCCAAAAAGAUUUUAGCAACGCUACUUUAGUGAAUACUGUUGGCCUGAUACCUAGAGAAGCUGGCUCAAAAGAAAAAUUUGAAUUCAAACCAGAAACUUUGAAAACCGGAAAGAGCACCAUGUUCUACAUUGUAAUUCAGGCCGUCAAUGACGCCGGUUUCACGUCAGUGAACUCCAACAUUGCGCAGGCUGUCAAGUUUAUUCCUCCAGAGCACAGUGUCUCCGCAAGGGGCCCUAAUAUUUCUGCCAGCCCUCUGACAAUUUGGGGGUUAACUGUGAUUUUUAAAUAUAUUUUAAACUAGAAAUUAUACUAGACCUAAAAUGCAAUCUUGUAUAUACUUGCUACGAGUUUCUUUAGAAUGAGUUUACUAAACCCACUGUCAGCUAGUCAACAACUGUAAUACAGAAAUUAAUAUUCCAAGUUAUUAGAAAAAUUGCUAGACUUAACUAAUACUAAUUAUUUUGCUAAAUAUAAAUCAAGACUAACAUGUCCUCAAUCAUUAAUCAUUCCAUUUAUUAUGGAAAUAAGAUCUCUGUUCUAUUUUUAUAGUGUGAUUCAAAUUCACAUUCUAUAUUAACAAAAUGAAAAUUUAUACAAGCCACCUGAAAGGAUUUAUGCAUAGAUAAUAGCAAACAAUUUUAUAUUUGAAUUAUCUGUAACAUAAUUGACGAGAAAUACUUCCUGUUUGCACAACUGAAGUAAAAAGGAACUAUGGAAGUAAUUUGUAAAGAAAAAUGGUCUCAAGUGGUCAGAAAGUCAAAUGUCUUUUGUCAUUGGCUGAAGGUGUUUUAUCAGUCCUAGGCGCAAAAUGAUGAGCAAAGAGUGCUUUUGUUGAUGAACUGUGGGCAUCAUAAUGAAGUUCUGUUUCUGUCCUGGGACCAUCAUUUGAUCCUAAAAGUAUUACCAAGAUGUGUAAUUAGAACAGGGAUUUGUUUUUUUCACUGCUGUAAACUUUGCAUCCGGAGCAGAAUUAGAUAUAGAAUAGACAGUCAAUAAACAUUUUUUAAAUAAGUUUAUUCUUUUAUACUCUCAAAAACAAACAAAUAUAGCCCAAUCAUAUCAACAAUACCUACAUAAUAUUGUGUGCGCAUGAUAAUGUGAGAACUUAAAUAAAAGUGAUCUACUUUAUAACACUAAUCUUAACUAAAGCAUAAAGUUUCAAAAAAUCACAUAUAAAUGAACGUAAGACCUCAAUAGAACGUAAAAGCUAAUACAAGCUGGUAGUGCUGCUAUAGUAUGAUCUUCCUAACAAAAAAGUUUUAUUAGAGAAAAGCCCUUUCUUAUAGGCAAGAUUUCAAGAACUUUUAAAUAUCUAAAAGGAAGGAGCAACAUGAAAUCAUGAAACAUCAACAAACCAAUUAAAAAGAACAUAUGAAAAACAGGAUUACCUAGUUGAUUUCAUGCCAGUAAUCUAAAGA